AAUAUCUGCAGAUCUGGUAUUGGAAAGAAACGCCUGCUGGACGCAGCGCAAAGGCUACUUUCUGGUCGGAGGCGAGACGUCGUUUCUGGCCUCAGUUCCUGUUUAGGUUGUGCAUCUGUUUAGAUCGUCCGUCUUGUCUGUCUUGUUGCUGUCUAUUGUCUGUAUUGUCUGUCUUGUUGAUGUUUUGUCGUCUGUUCUAUUUGUCUGUCACUUGAGUGAUCUUUUUCCUCAGGACGGGAAAAUGGGGCAGGGUCAGUCCGUCCCGACCACCCCCCUGCAAUGUCUUCUGAAUAACUUUUCUGAUUUCUUUAAAAGGGCUUCAGGAUUCGGGGUCCCCGUCAAGCCAGGAACCCUCCGGACCCUUUGUGAAUUAGAGUGGACCACUUUUGACGUAGGAUGGCCCGCAGUAGGCUCUUUUGAUUUGAUCUUGAUUAGGAACGUCGAGGCUGUGAUCCUUGGGAGUCCUGGACACCCAGAUCAGAUUCCAUAUAUAGAAACAUGGCUGGACAUCGCCAAGGUGAAGCCCGGUUACAUUAAACGAUGUCAACGGAAACUCCCAGGAUCCACAUGCCCUUCUCUCCUUACGGUGAAAAAGGGAGGAGAACCCUGCGUCAGGUUGCCCCUUACCCCAUCCACGAAACCCCGCAUCCUCAUGGAUGAUCAGGCGGGGCCAGAAGAUACCCUGGACACUUGGACACAACCACUGCCCUAUGCCCCGAGUUCCCAGGCUUCCGGGAGCCCGCCCCACACUACCCCCAGCCCGGCCCGAAUGCGGAGUGGACUUCCGUAUGGCCUCUGCCCAUCUGUCCCUCCGAAGUCUACUCUGCCCUUGCCAUCCUCUGGCCACGGGGACAGACGGGUGUCGUCGGCCUCCCCCAAUACCGGCCCUGAGCCCGCCACUCUAUUGCCCCUCUGGGAGCUUGCCCCUGCGCAGGGGACGGGCCGCCCGUUCAUGGUUUAUGUCCCUUUCUCCACAAGUGACCUGUAUAACUGGAAGCUACAGAAUCCUCUUUUCUCUGAAAAACCUCAAGGUUUAAUCUCGUUGUUAGAGAUGAUUUUUCACACACACCGCCCUACUUGGGACGACUGCCAGCAGCUCUUGCAGGUUCUUUUUACUUCCGAGGAGCGCGAUCGGAUUCACCUCGAGGCUCGGAAGCAGAUUUUUGGCGCAGGUGGUCAACCCACCACUGACCCGGUUAUUCUGGAAACGAGCCUCCCAGCCCAACAACCCAACUGGGAUCCGAAUACGGUUGCUGGGGAGGGAGCUCUGACCCGGUACCGCCAACUUCUCCUCCAGGGCCUCCGCGGCGCAGCGCGGAAACCGACCAAUUUGUCUAAAGUAAGUGAGAUAGUUCAGAGCCCCCGGGAAUCCCCUGCAGCUUUCUUGGAACGCCUACUUGAGGCAUAUAGGCAAUACACACCUAUAGACCCACGAGCGCCAGAAAACGCGCGGACAAUUAACAUAGCCUUUGUUACACAAUCGGCACCAGACAUUAGGAAAAAGAUUCAAAAGCUAGACGGGUUCGAAGGGAAAAACCUCAGUGAACUAGUUGAGAUAGCUCAGAAGGUUUUUAAUAAUCGUGAGGAUCCAGAAGUUGCAGGCACGAAGAAAUUAACCAAAGUCGUUUUGGCGACCAUGCAGGAAACUAGCAAUAAGAAUCGGGGGGCUCCCCGGAAGGGGGGUCGCCCCCGCCUAGAAAAAGAUCAAUGCGCCUACUGCAAGGAGAGGGGCCACUGGAAAAACGAGUGUCCCCGCAAGAAGAAAAUGAACCAAAAAGAAAAGAACGAGUAUCUCUUCUUCGAAAGUCAGGCGAUAGAAAGCCCCUCUGAGGCUUUAAAAGAACUCCAAAAAGAAGUUCCAGGAGUAUGGGCCGAAAACCCUCCUGGUCUGGCGGCUCAUCAGCCACCCGUCGUGGUACAGCCUCUCUUUGCUUUUGAGUGGACGGAUCUGGACCAGGGGUUCUCGGGUCAACUUACGUGGACCAGGCUGCCGCAGGGGUUUAAGAACUCCCCUACCCUCUUUGAUGAAGCUCUAAGUAGAGACCUUUCCCCUUUUCGGGAAAACCAUCCCGAGGUUACCCUUUUGCAAUAUGUGGAUGACUUGCUCUUGGCGGCGGAGUCCGCGCCUGCGUGCCUGCAGGCGACUAGAGACCUCCUGGCCGCCCUGGGCUCCAUGGGAUAUCGGGUUUCAAUAAAGAAGGCACAGAUCUGCAGUCAGAGGGUGACUUAUUUGGGAUACGAUCUUAGUGGGGGAAAGCGGACACUGUCAGCCAGCCGAGUCCGAGCAAUCCAGAAUAUUCCCACACCCACGACUAAACGACAAGUCAGAGAAUUCCUGGGCAUGGUAGGGUACUGCCGCCUGUUGAUCCCCGGCUUUGCUGAGAUAGCGAAACCCCUCUACACCAGCACGGGAGGAAAGGGUGACUCCCUAAUGUGGACUGAGGUUGAGCAAUCGGCGUUCCAGGCCCUUAAAAAGGCUAUUACCAUGGCCCCCGCUCUAGCCCUACCCGAUCUCAAGAAAACCUUCGAACUUUUUGUGGCUGAGGCUCGAGGUAUAGCAAAAGGAGUUCUAACCCAGACUUUGGGCCCAUGGAGACGGCCGGUUGCGUAUUUGUCAAAACGACUAGACCCAGUGGCGGCAGGGUGGCCCACUUGCAUGAGAGCAAUUGCCGCGACAGCGGUGCUGGUGAAAGAGGCCAAGAAACUGACACUGGGCCAGGACCUCCAAGUCAUUGGGGCGCACGCCGUGGAAACCCUCCUCCGCAGUCCACCGGAUCGAUGGAUCUCCAAGACUCAAUACCAGGUACUUUUAUUGGACCCCCCGCGGGUCACUUUUUCCAGGGCAGCGGUCCUUAAUCUGGCGACCCUACUACCAGACGAUCAACAUGAGAGUCCCACACAUGAUUGUGCUGAGAUCCUCGACACCCUGACCGGUACCAGACCAGACCUGACGGACGUCCUGCUAGGGCAGCCAGCCCUCAAUUUGUUUACAGACGGGAGCAGUUUCGUCAAGGACGGGAUUCGCUUUGCGGGAGCAGCGGUGGUCACCAGCUCUGAGGUAAUAUGGGCACAGGCUCUGGGACACGGCACGUCAGCACAAAAGGCAGAACUUGUCGCCCUGACACAGGCACUCCGGUGGGGGAAGGGAAAAGCUCUCAACAUUUAUACGGACAGCCGAUACGCUUCCACGGCUCAUGUCCAUGGAGCAUUGUAUAAAGAACGAGGGCUGCUAACCUCUGGAGGGAAGGACAUUAAGAAUGCAAACGAGAUUAUGUCUUUCUUAGUUUCCGCCCAUUCCGAGCAC